ACGGAAUUUCUGUCUUGAGAAGGUAACGACUUUGUGACGACUCCACUACCGCUCAGUACACGUUCUAUUUGAAAAUUGAACUUUGUUAUAUAGGUAUUUGUCUCUACGCUGGUGUGCACCAGAGCGACUCCUUACCAUCCUCUUAUUUACAGUACGGAUAAACUGUUCCCCCGCCUUCUCUGACCUUCUCUGACCCACAUGUUUCCAUCGCAUAACAUGAUGAUGAUCGGAUCAAUGUUAGCUGUUCAGGUGCACCAUGAGGCAUACACGACUAUCUUCCUUCCAUCAUUCGGCUCCCUAUUGAGGUUCAUUUCUUGAUACAUAAUGGCCCUGCGCUUAGCACUUAGCACUCGGUUACAACUUCCACAUAUAUCUAUCCCUUGUGCGCAGGAGAGUUUUCCCUAACUCGAGUCCGCAUGGCAGACUCCCUCCACAUUCCCUGUCCUCUCCAUAUCUCUGGCGUCUUCGUUGAUUUCAUCAAGUCGGGAAAGAAUGUAGAAUUUGCUGAAGUACGGAUCGGCAAGUUGCACAGUCAGAUCGAACGAAAUGCAGAGAAGACUUUGCGACAGACAUUUUCUCCACCCAUGAUACUUUCUCUCGCGGAUUCGUUUUCCUUACAUCUACGGUGCAAGACAUUGUUUGGAAUGAAGACUGAGCAUCAAGACGUUGACUUCGAUGUCGAAGACAUCUUCCGCGUGUCUGGUACAAGAACAGAACCUGAAAGACAAGAAUACAUCAUCUUUCACAAAAAAAUCAAGAUCCUCGUCGAGCUUUCCGAACAGGCUGAGCAGCCUUCCGAUGACGGCCUGGCAUUACAGCCCACCACUGACGAGAUCAUUCGGAUUUGUCCGAGGUUCCGAAUUCUGGUGAUAGGAAAGACUGGCGUUGGAAAAUCCUCCCUGAUCAACAACGCAUUUGGGGUGCAAAAUGCGAUCGCUUCGCAUGAUAUGCCAGGCGAGGCUAACAUUGACACCGAAUUCGUUUCACACCAGAACGACAGAUUUGUUCUCCAUGAUAGCAAAGGUUUUGAACCUGGGGGCGGGGGCAAUGUCAACAUAGUCCAAGAUUUCAUUAAUCGCCGCAGAAACAUGCCUGCUCUCAAAGAUCAGUUACAUGCUGUUUGUGUGGAACUUCCAUGACCCUCACUGUUACUUGCGCAGCCAAGAGUUCAG